GGGAUAUCUUAUUCAUAGCAUAUUUACUGUUGUUUGAGGUCAUAUCAACUAAUAGCAUCCUAUACCAGUUAAGCUGUGCCAGUCAUCAUGCCCACAACAACACGUUACAUCACAUUGCAUCAUUUUUAUUAACUCAACAGCGAUGAUAAAUGCUCAAGGAUUAUAUACUUUAACUUUCAAAACAUCCACAGCUUCCUACGAAAUAUACCAAGGUGCCUCUCUUCGUGCUGCAAAAUCCCGAAACGAUUCUCCGACUUUUUACGUCGACAUCAGUCCUCGAAUGACUUCUAUGGCCGUUUACAAAUCAUACAGCAUGAAACAAUUAGCUUUUGCUCGUUAUAGAGCAAGUUUUGAGAUUACGAUCCGUAUGUCUUAACUUGGCAUCCCAAUCACACUGAUAAUCAUAGAUGGUAAGACAAGCAACCUCAGUAGCUAUAAUCAUUGGAGCAAAGAUCGUCUGUUCAUUUUAUCAGAUGGCACAUGUUGUGAAACUAGAUGGAUAGACAACGUACUCACCAUCUCUGAUAUAGAGUCUGGUGAUGCACUCGCCACAUUCGAGAAGAGCCACUCUGGUAUACGAAAACAGGGUGUUCUGCGCAUGUCUGCACCGGGAUAUACCGAUGACGAUCUCGCCAUGAUCUUCAUGACUAUUGUCGUUCUCGUUCGCGUCGAUCGGAAG